AUGUCUGCCACACUUUUUGAUGACAUUUUCAAGGUGGAGUCAGUUGACACUGCCCGGUAUGACCGCGUGACUCGUAUUACUGCGCAAUCAUCUUCAGACGCGCAAGUUCGCUUGACUCUCGACGUGAAUUGCGAACUGUUCCCAUUGCAACAAGGCAAUACUAUCUCAUUGGCCAUCGCACAGACACUGUCAUUGGAUGGAGAGAUCAAACCUCCAACCACUGGCUGGCGCGAACCCAAGCCUGGUGAGAGAUCGCUGGCUGAUGAUUACGAUUAUGUCAUGUAUGGCACUGUUUACAAGUUUGAGGAGUCUUCUGGUGACUUUAUUUCUUGUUACAUCUCAUUCGGUGGUCUGUUAAUGGCCUUGGAAGGUGGCUACAGAAAGCUUUCCAAUCUUAAGCAAGAAAACGUCUUUCUUUUGCUUAGACGAUGA